AAGCUAUUGGCUUAAAUGGUUGACUGACAGCAAGAAGCACCCGCCCAUUAAUCAGUGAAAAAGCCGCGCGCGCAGACGGACUGAGUGGACUAGAGCAGGUCUGGAACCUCGUUAGGAGCGCUACGGUAUGAAAGCAGGCUGUGCAAGUGUCUUGGGUCUAAUAAACUAUAAAGGCUGCUAGGGAUGGCGGCGGCAGCAGCAGCAAAUGAGAAAUUGGUGCAACAUAUGUAUUUCUCGAGCUGUGGUGAGGAGGACAGCAGCGACAGUAGUGUGGAUGACUGGGCACCCAGGAGUGUGUUGCUGAGAAGUCAGUCGUCUGCCUGCCGAACCCCAAGAGUGCAGCGCCAGCGCAGUAGGAGUAAUGCAGUCUCACCAGCUGCUCCCUCCUCACCAAUACCUUAUGCUGCCUGGAGGAAGCUGAGGCUCUGUGAUUCCCCCAGUACACCCAAGAGCCUGCUGUCCAAGUCAGCUCUGCUUUACUCGAGCAGCAAGCCAUGUCGCAGCCAGAGAGUCCUGUGCAGGCCUGCUCUGUCUGCCCAAGCACCCUCAGUCAAUGUUAAUCCUUUCACACCAGAUACAGUGCGCCGGAACAGCGAGCACUACAAGAGGAAAAACUGUAGAAGUGACGGUGAUGAUGAUGAUGAUGAUGGGCACAGGUCAAAGGAAACUCAAACUUCAUCUGAAGAUGAAAGCUAUUUUCUUCCAUCAAAGAGACCGGCAGUCCCAGCUCUCAUGCUGUCACGUUAUGAGAGCGAGUUCCUGGAACUGGGCCGGAUUGGCGUGGGCGAAUUUGGGGCUGUGAAUCGUUGUGUAAAGAGACUGGACGGCUGCAUGUACGCCAUCAAGCGUUUGCGCAGGCCGCUUGCAGGUUCUGCCAAUGAACAGCUGGCCUUAAAAGAGGUUUACGCUCAUGCUGUGCUGGGACAUCACCCACAUGUUGUACGCUACUACUCGGCCUGGGCAGAAGAUGACCAUAUGAUUAUUCAAAAUGAGUACUGUGAUGGUGGGAGUCUCCAUGAUGUUCUAACUGAGAAGGAAGAACAGGGUGAGUUCUUUCAAGAGCCAGCACUAAGGGAUCUGCUACUUCAGGUCUCCAUGGGACUCAAAUACAUCCAUGCUUCAGGCCUGGUGCAUCUUGAUGUCAAACCCAGUAACAUUUUCAUCAGCCAUCAGCCUUGCUCCAGUGCUGGCGGUGCAGCUGACAGUGAAGAGGAAGAUGAUGGGCACAUCCCAUCAGGGGUGGUUUAUAAAAUUGGGGAUCUUGGUCACGUGACUUCCAUUACAAGUCCACAGGUGGAGGAGGGGGACAGCCGAUUCCUAGCAUGUGAAGUUUUGCGAGAGGACUACACACACCUACCCAAGGCAGAUAUCUUUGCACUGAGCUUGACUGUGCUGUUGGCAGCUGGAGCGCCACCUCUGCCACAGAAUGGAGAGGAGUGGCACCACCUCAGGCAGGCUCACUUGCCCAGCCUGCCCCAUGAAUUAACACCAGCCUUAGGAAAUCUUCUACAGAUGAUGCUGGACCCUGAUCCUGUUGCGAGGCCAUCUGCGUCUGCAUUGUGCAAGCACCCGGUGCUGCGCAGAGAAAGAGCUGGAAAACUGGCAGCACAGCUACGCAGAGAGCUCAACGUAGAGAAGUUCAGGACAGCCAUGCUGGAAAAGGAACUCCAGGAGGCUCGCUUGGCUGCUGUUUCACCUCAGCACCCUGCUUUGACCAUAGGCUGCCCAACCUCACAGACUGGCUCACUUCCUAGACCAGGACGGAGACUGGUGGGGCGAAAUGCAGCUCGAUCCAUGAGCUUUGGAGGCCUGGGACAUUGAACUCGUUUAUUGAGCAUACCUGGUCUGGGAGUGCUUUGAUUGUUUUUAACCAUAAUGUGCAGUUCUCCAGACUGUUGCAUGUCUGUGGAAUUUUAUGGAUUUUAUCCUUGUAAAUAAAGGUUUUAAAUUACUUGAA